AUGAUCACUCGAAAGGCUCAUCCAAAAAGCCCCGACGAAAGGGAAUACGCCCUCCUCUCGGACCCCGAAUCAGACCUCGACUCCGAUUCUGACCAUGCAGUCACCUGUGCACACAUCGAAGACCUCGACAACCAAUACAAUAUUCAAGAUACCAGUGUCCAAGGCAACCCCACUGUACGACUCGCGGGCGAAUAUCCACGGCCCCGGACACCACCGAAAGCAAAGACAAAGACCACGACCAAGGCCGAGGUGGAGGUGAAAGAACGAUAUGUACGGUUCGGGAUUGGUGGUGCGGGGAAUAUGCGGAGGGUCCUCGUGCGAGACGAACGGUUAGUUCGGGUUAUUUCGUGA